UUAUGAUUUGUUUAAGUCGGGAAGUGAGGCCGACAUGGUCCGCGGGGAGCUGGCGGUCCGCCUCAACGACAGGGAGUACAAAAACUGGCUGAAGGCCGGGCGGUGUCUGCUCAUACUGAAGGACGGCCUGCAUCCCUUCAUCAGCCACCACACGAGAGCUUUCCACGGAGAUCUGCUCAAUCGGAACACUCUGCUGCGGAAACCGUGUGCGACGUCUGCGUGCAAACCCAAAGGGAAUAGGCUUUUCUCAGCAUGCAGGACGUGUGCAGAGUGGCAGGCGGUGAUCCUGAGACACCGCAGACAGCCGGAUGCCACAGUGAACUGGGAUAACUGUUUCCCUCCCAACUGGAGAACAGACCACUGGGAACUGGCCAAGGCCUUCAUGCCACGGGGUCAGGGGAAGGUGAAGGGGGCGGAGCAAUGUGAUGCCUCUGCUUUGCUCAACCUAAUCAACCACUGUGAUUGUUUUCACUUUGUGGAUCCUAAAUUUGUGAGAGAGGUGAUCCGUUUCAGAAACGAGUUGAUGCAUUCGUGUGAGUUGCGUGUAAAGGAUGAAUGGAUGAGACACUACCAGAACAGCGUAAGAAGGCUUGUGCAGCAGCUCGGCCACGUACCACAGAUGGAAACAGUUGGAAAGCAGAUCGAGGAGAUGCUGAGCGUUGAUCUGUCAAUAUGUGUCUCUGGCUUGGACCGAAUGGAUUCUGCUGCUCUGGAUGGAUUAGAUUGCGAUUCUGUCAGCCAAUGGGAGACCAGCGCCGACUUGAUCAGCCAAUGGGAGGCUGAGUUGCUACAAGAAAGGCUGCAGGAGUUACUGCAUGCUGCUGAGGAUGAUCCAAAGACGCAGGACAUGGAGCAGCUGAAGAGGCUGGGGGGUUUCCUGCAGGCCAACAGAGAUCUGGUUGAGAGGUUUUCUGCAGAGCUCCAAGCCAUCAACUCACUGGAGUUAAGAGAAUAAAAAGGUGAAAAGGAGAAUCAGGAUCAUGUUGUGCAUUAUGUCUUUAUAUUUACAAACUUGAAGCAGAUCAAGGGAUUUGUGACGGAUUGUAUGGGCAUGUAUAGGAUGUAACUGAAUAGGUUAAUAAAAAAAACCUGACAA